AUGAAGAUUCUCUGUCUGCACGGUGUUGGUAGCUCCGGCGCCAUCCUCGAAGCACAAAUGGCCAACUUGCGCAGAGAACUAGAUCCUAGCUUUGAGCUGGUCUUUAUUGACGGACCAUUUGAGUGCGAGAGAGGUCCUGGCAUUCCAGAGCACCAGCCUGGUCCGUUCUUCUCCAACACGCAAGGCUACUCGCCCAUGGAAAUCGCACAGGCUACAGAAUAUCUCGAAGAAGCACUCGAGCAAGAAGGGCCAUUUGAUGGUGUCUUUGGAUUCAGCCAAGGUGCUGCUCUGACAUUAUCGUACUGCUACCAGCAGCAGGCCGCUGGCAACCCUCUCCCCUUCAAGUUUGCUAUCCUCUUCUCCACAGCCAUCCCGCUGAGCCCAGAUGCGGAUCUUGGCGACACCAUCAUUUCCAACCUUCGAACACUAGAGUAUGAUAUCACAGACCGCGAAAAGGCCUGUGGCAAGACACUGUCUACCGCAGAGCAAGAGUUUGUCGAUCUCAUGCAGCGAACCGUGGUGGAUGCCGCCGACCAAGACCCCCUCUUCCCGUGGGUAGACAUGGAUAUCUACCGCUACGGCGAGCGUGAUUGUAUCCCACGAGUCAUGUAUGCGUCGGUCCUUUCACAAAAGAUUCAGAUUCCCACUGUUCAUGUCUGGGGUCAAAACGACUUCAACUACAUGAUUCAGAUGGCGGAAGUGGCACGCAGCAUAUGCGACGAGUCGAUGGCGAGGACGGUUUUACAUGGAGGAUUACAUGAUAUCCCGAAGAAGCAGCCAGAGAUUAAGGCCGUGCUUCGAACAUUAGAUUGGGCCAUGGCUCAAGUAUAG